AUGCGAUAUCUCACCAGCAGCUAUGCCACCCAGGCUGGGAAAUCGCAAUUUACCACAACUAAAAACAAGUCCAAUUCCAAAUAUGAGAAUCUCCCCCUCAGCACCAGCGGUCCUAUCAACUGUGCCCUGAGCGGGACAUCGCUCUUGAAUACGCCUUACCUCAAUAAAGGAUCGGCCUUUCCUCCAGACGAGCGCCGGGCCUUCAAUCUCACAGGCUUACUGCCUCAAGGUGUUCAGACACUUGAACAACAGUGCAAACGUGCCUAUGAGCAGUAUUCGUCUAGACCUGACGACUUGGCCAAGAACACAUUCUUAACUUCACUGAAGGAUCAAAAUGAGCUGCUCCAGACUCAUCUCGAUGAGAUGAUGAGUAUAGUCUAUACACCGACAGAAGGCGAUGCUAUUCAGAACUACUCCCGACUCUUUCGACGUCCAGAAGGUUGCUAUCUCAACAUUCAAGACCCAGACCAUGUAGAGCACAACCUUGCACAAUGGGGUAACCCCGAAGAUAUCGACUACAUUGUGGUAUCUGAUGGAGAAGAAAUUCUCGGCAUUGGUGAUCAAGGUGUCGGCGGCAUCCUCAUCUCUGUCGCCAAGCUGGUACUUACGACACUCUGCGCAGGUGUCCACCCCAACAGGACAUUUCCGGUAGUCUUGGACUGUGGCACGGACAACAAGGAGCUUCUUGACGAUGAAUUAUAUCUGGGUUUGAAGGAGAAGCGUGUCCGCGGUGAAGAGUAUGCCGAAUUUGUGGACAAGUUCGUCCAGUCUGCCAGGAAGCUUUACCCAAAUGCGUAUAUCCACUUUGAGGACUUUGGCCUGGGCAACGCGAGGAAAAUACUUGAGCGUUAUCGUCCAGACUUUGCUUGCUUCAACGACGAUGUCCAAGGAACAGGAUGCGUGACUCUGGCUGCCAUCAUGUCUGGUCUUCACGCCAGCGACCAAAAGCUCAAGGACCUGCGCAUGGUGGUUUUUGGAUCCGGAAGUGCCGGUCUCGGUAUUGCGGACCAAGUUCGAGAUGCUAUAGCGACGGAGGGAAACAUGAGCCACGAAGACGCCGCAAAGCAGAUUUGGUUGAUUGACAAGUCUGGGCUUCUCACCUCCGAGACUAAAGACGUCACUGAGUCACAGAAGAUGUAUGUCAAAGAUGUUUCCGAGCGGAAAGACAACGAUACCGACCUGCUCUCCGUCGUCAAAGGUGUUCGUCCAAAUGUCCUCAUCGGUACAUCUACCAAGGCUGGUGCUUUUACCGAGGAUGUAAUUCGUGCCAUGGCCGAGCACCACGAGCGUCCUAUUGUCCUCCCUCUAUCCAACCCAACCCGCCUUCAUGAGGCUAAGCCCGAGGACAUUUUGAAUUGGACCGAUGGAAAGGCCCUCGUGGCCACUGGCUCACCCUUCCCAGCCGUCAAGGGUCCCUGGGGCAAGAAUGGUGAAGAGAUCACCAUCAACGUGGGCGAGUGUAACAACUCGGUCGUCUUCCCUGGCAUUGGGCUUGGAUGCAUUCUAUCCCGCGCCAAGCACCUUACAGAUCGCAUGCUCGUCGCAGCUGUGGAAGGUGUUUCCUCUCUGAGUCCUGUUCUUAAAGACCCAACGGCUCCUCUCCUACCAGACGUGGGUUCUGUGAGGGAUGUAAGUGUUCGCAUCGCCCGCAACGUGAUACAAGCAGCUGUCAAGGAUGGUGAGGCUACACAAGAAGGCAUCCCUGAGGACGAGGAUGAUCUGGAAGAGUGGAUCAGGGAACAGAUGUGGGAUCCCGAGUACCGUCCCUUGAAACAAGUUGAUUUAGAGAGUGCUACAAGAGAGGCCAGAGGCGAACUAAAGAAGGCCGGAACGGUACAUCGAACUGGUCACACAUGA